GCCGGACAAGGGUUGGGGAGCGCCGGGCGGCGGGCGGGCCGUGAGUGAGUGAGUGAGUGUGAGGCGCGUUGCCAGGGCGACGGGGCGGCUGGAGAUGGGGGAGAACAGUUACAGCAUCAGGCCGGCGUUCCAGCACAGGUUCAAGCCAGCCAUUGUGAAAGCAAAGAUCAACACUGUGCUGAAGGAGGAGCUGACAAACAAGUUUUAUGACCCAGAGGAAGUCCCUGUCCUGACCCGCAAGAUUGCAGAGACCAUUAAGACUCAAGUGAAAGAGUGUGCGUUCGAGCGAUAUAAGCUGGUGGUGCAGGUUGUCAUUGGUGAACAGAGAGGGGAAGGAGUGAAGAUGGCCGCACGAUGUUUCUGGGAUGCUGACACAGAUAACUUUGCACAGGCAGUAUACAUGAAUGACAGUCUGUUUUGUGUUGCUGCUGCAUUUGGCUGCUACCACUAUUAGAAAACCAAGAUGCAAACAGCGUUGGUGCAAUCCUUUCUGUGUAAAUAUGUUCUUUAUAAAAAAAAACAUUUGUUUAAUAAAGUGAUGCUCAAUAACAUUUACCUCAAAUAAUGACAUUGUUAAGAUUAGUGCUCCUGUCGCAUUGUGCUGGAAUCUGCUGGACCCAGACCAGCAAUCAAAAUCUCUGCUGACGUGAGGGUGGGCAGACGUCUUGCUGACCCUCCACAGGCAUCGAGAUACAGACGGUGUGACUGGGACUCGAACAGCUGUGCAGAGGUCCUGUCCACACCCCUUUUGGUCAAAGGCAAGACUUGGGGCAAUGGGUAUCCUGACUGCAAUGGAUCUUAAUAAUUUUAAAUGUCUUAACACUAAAGGAAAAUAAAUGCAGAAAAAAAUCACAAAAAUGUAAAAAGCUUAAAAGGAAACCAUUAAAGUAAUUGAAAGUUAA